AUGGCAACUAAAUCAUAUACGAAGCACAAGGAGUACAAGGAGUUUUCAAGCAGAGGCACUGUGCCUUACAACGACGAACAAUUCGACAUGAUAAAAUCCGAGCUGAUACCGAAAGGCAGCAAGCUGGACUCGCUUGGCCGAAAUGCAGUCGGAGCUAGAGAGUACCACUACGAGUACAAGGAGGAGAAGCUGCCCGGAGGGAAGUACGACCGCAAGGACUUCCACGCGGUUGAAGAGUACACAAUCCCACCAAAGACAACACCCAAAUUGAGUGAGAGCAAUUCUUAUUACUAUGAGAAAGAAGAGAGGGAGCUGCCGGCCAUCACCUCCGGGACACGUACCUACAACUACGAGACCACUGGCACUUCCCCAGGAUACUCCAAGGUGAGCUCAAGAGCAAAGAAGGAAAUGUCACAUAACGUGGAAGAACUGGAUUCCCUUCUGGAUGAUCUGCAAAAGGACCAAGAGCGACAGCUGUAUAAAAGCGGCUACGCUUCGGAUACAGCUGAGAGCACGUCCUUUGAUUACAGAAAAGGGACGCCAGUAAAAGCAGCGCCAUCUAGCGGAUACUCAACUUUAAAACACGAGGAGAGACUGGAGAGUUCUUCCUGGGGUUCCAGUCCUCCACCCACCAUCACACGUGCCGCUGAAGUGAGGCAGCAGGUGUAUAGAGAAGAAAAGACCGAGUCCCGCGUGGUGCCGACUCCGGUGGCGCCGCCGCAGCCGCUGUGCACGCACUGUCACCAGCUUCCCCUCAAUGGCACGUUGUCGCGAGCCAGCACGCCCAUGAACAAGGUGACGACGACGGUGAAGACGUACACGUACGAGGUGCCCGCCGACCAGGACCCGGCCAGCGUGCCGCUGCCGCCGCUCGCCGACCACCACCACACCUACGUCUCCAACGACACCAACCUCACCAACGUCACCAACGUGCGCACAGCAACUUUAACACGACCAACGGAGGGUUCCCCCGCCCCACCGGGAUGCCAGUACUGCACACACUGCAACUCUAGGCUGCGGGAGUACAGCCGCACACACCUCACCACCGAUGAGCACACUACAACAAACGAGCGAAUGGUUUACCCUAGCCCAGCCAACGAAACGAAACUGUUGCCCGCCGAGCCGCACAAUGGACAUGGCCCUUAUGGUCCAACGACGUACAAAUACUCGGAGACGACGUACUCGAACAACCAGGCGGCGGCGCGGCACCGCACGCCGUCGCCCGCGCCCCCCGCUCCCCCCGCGCCCUUCCCGCGCACGCACACCCCCACCCCGCACGAGCAGCAGCCCCCCAAGCGCCUCGACGACCUGCUCGCAGACUUCCCCGAAGCGAGAUUCACAACGCAGACCGACAGUGGAGUUCGACGACGUAUUGAAACUCGCGAGACGCGCGACACUUCCCACUCCAGCCCCAUGGCUACCCCCACCCCCACCCCGGCCACACAAGUCAAGCCCACGCCUGUGAGCUCCAGCAAGAACGUGGCCGGGCCUGCUGUCUAUUACCCACCCGGUCAUACACCAUUCGCUAAGAAGGAAGUCGCCGGUUACCAGGCCAGCUCGAUGCAAGGCGGUGGCGCUUACGCGUCCGGUCGAGCCAUGUAUGAGUACGAGUCUGGCUCCCGCAGCAAGGAGAAGCACUCCGAGAAGAAGACCGCCGUGCCCAUUUGCCUGCCGCUCUGCUGCGCGAUGCCUUGCGUCAUUUUGUAG